CUGUGACGAAAAAGAGCGGUCAAAAAGGUCAACGUGAGGCUGCAAGGAACUAACAUCCAGGCAUGGUCCUUCUCUAUUUCAUCCGCAUUUACAUUAAAUAUAUGAUAUCAGUAAGCAUGCUUAUAUCACCAAAAUGUUCUUACAAACUGUACCAUCGACUACCACAAUAUGGUGAUAGUGUGUGGAUUGAUGAUGGGAUUGGAUCACGAAGAGAGAGAGAGUGGGAGAGAGGGAGAGAGAGAGAGUAGUUUGGAGGUCAUGAGCGAUUGGCAAUGUGGAGAUAUGAUGUGGUCUAGUGAAGCGAUCCUAUCGGUCAUGCGUGACGAUGACACAGGUGUGUGUUGUGUGGUGUUGACUGAGUGAUUUGUUCAAAUGUAGAGGAAAGAGGCAGUGAAAAACAGUGUGAAUACGAAGGAAUGCGACAUAGAGUAGAUGUGAGAUUGUGAACUUGAUUUUGGAUUGGCAUAUCGAGAUUGUCUGUUGAUUGUGCCAGGUAUCGUGAUGGUCGAUGUGGUUGACUUGAGUUUUCUACUUGUGAGAAUUGUGAGGUGAUAGUGUGUGGAUUGAUGAUGGGAUUGGAUCACGAAGAGAGAGAGUGGGAGAGAGGGAGAGAGAGAGAAUAGUUUGGAGGUCAUGAGCGAUUGGCAAUGUGGAGAUAUGAUGUGGUCUAGUGAAGCGAUCCUAUCGGUCAUGCGUGACGAUGACACAGGUGUGUGUUGUGUGGUGUUGACUGAGUGAUUUGUUCAAAUGUAGAGGAAAGAGGCAGUGAAAAACAGUGUGAAUACGAAGGAAUGCGACAUAGAGUAGAUGUGAGAUUGUGAACUUGAUUUUGGAUUGGCAUAUCGAGAUUGUCUGUUGAUUGUGCCAGGUAUCGUGAUGGUCGAUGUGGUUGACUUGAGUUUUCUACUUGUGAGAAUUGUGAGGUGAUAGUGUGUGGAUUGAUGAUGGGAUUGGAUCACGAAGAGAGAGAGUGGGAGAGAGCGAGAGAGAGAGAGUAGUUUGGAGGUCAUGAGCGAUUGGCAAUGUGGAGAUAUGAUGUGGUCUAGUGAAGCGAUCCUAUCGGUCAUGCGUGACGAUGACACAGGUGUGUGUUGUGUGGUGUUGACUGAGUGAUUUGUUCAAAUGUAGAGGAAAGAGGCAGUGAAAAACAGUGUGAAUACGAAGGAAUGCGACAUAGAGUAGAUGUGAGAUUGUGAACUUGAUUUUGGAUUGGCAUAUCGAGAUUGUCUGUUGAUUGUGCCAGGUAUCGUGAUGGUCGAUGUGGUUGACUUGAGUUUUCUACUUGUGAGAAUUGUGAGGUGAUAGUGUGUGGAUUGAUGAUGGGAUUGGAUCACGAAGAGAGAGAGUGGGAGAGAGCGAGAGAGAGAGAGUAGUUUGGAGGUCAUGAGCGAUUGGCAAUGUGGAGAUAUGAUGUGGUCUAGUGAAGCGAUCCUAUCGGUCAUGCGUGACGAUGACACAGGUGUGUGUUGUGUGGUGUUGACUGAGUGAUUUGUUCAAAUGUAGAGGAAAGAGGCAGUGAAAAACAGUGUGAAUACGAAGGAAUGCGACAUAGAGUAGAUGUGAGAUUGUGAACUUGAUUUUGGAUUGGCAUAUCGAGAUUGUCUGUUGAUUGUGCCAGGUAUCGUGAUGGUCGAUGUGGUUGACUUGAGUUUUCUACUUGUGAGAAUUGUGAGGUGAUAGUGUGUGGAUUGAUGAUGGGAUUGGAUCACGAAGAGAG